AUGCCGCUUGCGGCUUGCCAGCUCUACGCCAAGAACACUGCGAGCGAGAGUCACUGCCCUCUUAGAAAAGGCGAUGGAAACAGUGAAAUCCCUCCUUCACCUGUUGUGGCUGUGGAAACAACUAACAUUAAAGUUAGUGGUGCUAGCAGUCAGGCCACCACCAGUGUGGAAGCUAGCAGUAAGACAUUGGACGACAGCCAACUGAGCCAAGAGCAAGAGGACGACGAGGAUGAACAGCCUCCACAUAAUCACAACGAACAUGAUGCAAGCCCAACUGAAGGAGCUGAGACAGCAGGUAGCUCCAGCCCCCGCAGCACCUUCACACUCCCGUCAGAUCCGGCACUAUGGGGACCCCUGACAGAGACGCUGAGGGAGGAGACCAUCCACAGAGGGCCCGCUGCCUUCCACAACCGGGCUAGCAGAGAUCCCAAAUCGUUUGCCGAGUGGAUGCUGCACUUGUACGACAAUGUGAGGCAGAACAACGGUACUGGACAGAGAGACCUGAAAAAGAUCAACCCAGGCACCCUGACAAUAGACCUCCAGCAUCUCUCCUCUGCCGAUUUCUCCUCAGUCAAUGAAUCAGUUGACUUCUACAAUAAAUCACUUAGCAGUCUCCUAGAUCUUCACGCCCCUCUCAGAACAAAAACUGUCACCUUUGAACGCUCAUCCCCUUGGCAAGCCUAUAGAGACCACCAGAAGGCCUAUGCAAGGUCCCUGAGAGAAGCACAGUCACAGUACUACUCCAACAUUAUCAACAAUAGCCCUGGAAACUCCAAACAACUUUUCUCAACUAUAAACCACAUCCUGAAACCACAAACUGUCUCUCAUCUUGAAGCCACAGAGAAAAGAGAAAAGGUUGACACCAUCCACUCCCUCCUAUCCACCUCCUCCACCCUGCCUGUCCAGACUGCCGACCCGCAGUUUGGGUUUACCCAACCUCUCUGCUGUUUUUCCGGCAUCUCACAGCAAGAGGUUGAGAGCAUCAUCAGAAAGAUGAAACCAUCCACCUGUGCCCUGGACCCUUUCCCCACAGCCCUGGUAAAAUCCAAUCUCCAUGCCAUAAGCCCCCUGAUCACAAAGGUCAUCAAUCACUCACUCCUGUCUGGCCAUGUUCCAUCUACACUGAAAACUGCUGUCAUCAGACCACUACUCAAAAAACCCACCUUAAACCCAGAAGUUUUUGCCAACUACAGGCCCAUCUCCAACCUUCCAUUCCUUUCCAAGGUGUUGGAAAAAGUAGUUGCUGCGCAACUUCAGGACCAUCUCAAACAAAACAACCUGUUUGAAAAAUCUCAGUCUGGCUUUCGCCCCAGCCACAGCACAGAAACAGCUCUGGUCAGGGUCACAAAUGACCUACUGAUGACGACUGAUGCUGGCUCACCUUCUCUACUCAUCCUCUUGGAUUUGACCGCAGCGUUCAUUCUGUACAUGCUCCUCCUUGGCCAUGUCAUCAGCCGACAUGGAAUUUCAUUCCAUUGCUACGCUGAUGACACUCAACUGUACCUCAGGACAAACAAAACCUCCUCUGCAGCCUUGCUAUCAUCCACCCUGACCACCUGCCUGGAGGAGAUUAAGGCAUGGAUGAAGCAAAACUUGCUGCAAUUAAACAGCUCCAAGACUGAAGCCAUUUUAGUCUGCACCCCUCAACAGGUCCGGUCAUCCGUCGUCACCAGCAUCACUUUUUUGGGCCAGGAUAUUACACUUUCACCAUCAGCCACCAACCUGGGUGUUAAAAUUGACUCCCAUCUGACUUUCGGCAUCAAGCAUCUGUGUAAAACCUCCUUUUUUCACCUCAGAUAUAUUGCCAAACUCCGUCCCACGCUCACUUUGGUUGACACAGAAAAGCUUGUCCAUGCCUUCGUCUCCUCCAGGCUGGACUAUUGCAAUGCACUCCUCAUCGGGAUUCCUGGCAAAAGUCUCCAGAAACUGCAAUACAUACAGAAC